GGGGGGCCCCCGGCGGCCGCCGCGUGACUGCGCGCCGCUGAGGGACCGCGGGGCCCGGUGCAGGCCUGAGGCAGCGAUGGCCAGUUACAAGCCCGUGGCGGUGCUGCCCUUCCCCAGGCUGGGCGAGAAGGUCACGCAGGACACGCUCUACUGGAAGGGCUACAAGACUCCAGUUCAGAUAAAGGAAUUUGGUGCAGUGAAUAAAAUUGACUUCUCUCCAGUUCCUCCACAUAACUAUGCUGUCACAGCCUCUUCAAGGAUCCAUAUUUAUGGUCGAUAUUCUCAGGAGCCAAUCAAAACAUUCUCUCGCUUCAAAGACGCUGCUUACUGUGCUACUUAUAGAGAUGAUGGCAAGCUGCUUGUUGCUGGCAGUGAAGAAGGUAAUGUUCGACUUUUUGAUAUCGGUGGAAGAGCAGCACUGAGACAGUUUGAUGGUCACACAAAAGCAGCACAUGUAGUAGACUUUCUGUCUGAUAAAUACCGUAUAUUUUCUGGUGCUGAUGAUUAUACUUCAAAGUUAUGGGAUAUUCCAAGCUCAUCAGAAAUUGUGUCAUACAGCGAGCAUACGGACUAUGUGAGAUGUGGCUGUACAAGUAAACUGAAUGCAGAUCUCUUUGUCACAGGUUCAUAUGAUCACACUGUAAAAGUAUUUGAUGCACGGACAGAAAAGAGUGCCUUGACAAUAGAGCAUGGGCACCCUGUGGAGAGUGUGCUCCUCUUCCCCUCUGGGGGUCUUCUAGUCUCUGCAGGGGGCCGGUAUGUUAAAGUCUGGGAUAUUUUAAAAGGAGGUUACUUAUUGGUUUCACUUAAAAAUCACCACAAAACUGUAACCUGCUUAUGCCUGAGCAGCUCUGGACAAAGAUUACUCUCAGGAUCCUUAGACAGGCAUGUAAAGAUUUACAGUACAACUUCUUACAAAGUAGUCCAUAGCUUUGAUUAUGCAGCGUCAAUACUCAGUCUCGCAUUGGCACCUGAAGAUGAAACCAUUAUUGUAGGCAUGACCAAUGGAGUACUAAAUGUUAGACAUCGAAAACAUGAAGAAAACAAAGAAAGGAUUCCUAAAAAAAGGCAUCCAGCAUACAGGACCUUUGUAAAAGGAAGAAACUACAUGCCAAAGCAGGAGGAUUUCUUUGUCAGCAAACCAGUAAGAAAUCACUUGAAAAAAUACGAUAAGUUGCUGAAAAGCUUCCAGGUGUCCAAGGCUCUUGAUGCGGUACUUGAGGUCCCCAUCAGAGUAUACACCCCUGAAAUAACGGUUGCAGUCAUGCAGGAACUAAGCCGCCGAGGAACACUGAAAAAUGCACUUGCAGGGCGAGAUGAAAAGCAGCUUGGUACCCUCCUUACCUUCUUGACAAGGCAUGUGGUUGAACCAAGAUUUGCUCCUGUGCUGAUAAACGUUGCAGAAAUGAUUAUUGAUAUUUAUCUCUCUGUGGCUGGACAAUCUGCAGUUGUUGAUAAACAAUUCAUGAGACUCCAAGAAGUUAUAGAAAAAGAGAUUGAUUAUCAGGGGGAAUUACUAGAAACUUUGGGAAUGAUGGAUGCACUGUUUGCUACUAUGACAAGUAAAAAGGUCACAUCUCUCGAGAACAAAAGUAAUGGUAUUUCAAAGGUUGUGGAACAAGAUACGAGAAAUUAAUUCCAUCUUCACAAAAUCCCUUGGACUGGACAUUAUGGCGCUUUACCCAGAAAACUUUACCAUAGCUGCUUUCAAAAUCUCAUUUCUCUGCAGGGAUUAUCUCCUGCAGGUUGUGUUUUGGAGAGACCAGAUUACUAAUGACAAGAGAAAAGGACUAUUGCAAGAAAUAUUUUCCAUGUCUUUUUUUUUUUUGUUUUUUGAGCCCUAGGAUUUUAAAGUUUUAUUCCAAAGCUAUUUAACUAUGAAAAAGUACGAAGUCAGACUUUGCUUUAAGGGAACAAUCUACGGCUGCAAUUUUAUAGUCCCAAACCCAAUUCAGACUACUUAUUUUUAACAUUAACCCUAUAAAAACUGGUAUUUCUCAAAUAUCAACCACUUGGAAGCGGGAAUAAAACAAAGUACGACUUUGACAUAA